AUGAAGGUGUUAUCUUCAAUUCUGUUUCUUCUGCUUGUUAUCUCCAUUGGGAUUGAAAAUGAAGGGGCAUUGAAAGGGACAGAGGCAAAGCUAUGUGAUGUAAAAUUAUACGACUACUGUGAAGCAGACUGUUUCAGCGACUGUCCCAAAAAAUAUGGAAGCAAAGCCAUUGGCAUGUGCAGUCCAGCCAGUGAGUGCAUCUGCCGUUGGCAAUGUUAG